AUGCAGUCCAUUCUUCAGUACCGACGCUUCGGCCUUGCCACACAAGCUCAGAUCCAGCGCGAUCUGGAGAAGGCGAACAACAUCACCAUUCGCCCUCCGUCCUCGCAGUCGGAGAGGCAUCCGGGAGAUCCAGGAGAAAGCGGAGAAGAGCACAAGGAAGAGGAGGAAGAAAAGGAGGCGCCUUUCACACCUGGUCGUUCUACCGACUCUGUCUCCAUCUCGUCCAGUAACUCAUCCACCUCUCAGGAGAUUGAGCACGUUGCCGUCGACCGCGUCCAUACCGCUGCCACUGCUCGAACCCAGUACACCGCCAGAGCCGCCCUCGGUCACUCCCUGACUGGCAUUGAAGCUCGUGACCGCCGAACCCAUGAAGGCAAAGGAGAGCAGGUCUUCGUUGUCGGCUGGGAGGGUGAAUCCGACCCUCUCAACCCUCGAAACUGGUCCACUCUGAAGCGCGUCGGCGUUACCCUUCAAAUCUCAGCCGUCGCCUUCGCCGUCUGCGCCGCCUCAUCCAUCGACGCCGCCGUCUUGCCUCAGGGCGCUGCCGAGUUCGGGGUCAGCGAGGUUGCGGAAACUUUGGCCACUGGAAUGUUCCUCAUUGGAUUCGGUUGUGGUGCCCUUGUAGCCGGCCCUUUCUCCGAGACUUUCGGGCGAACCAUCGUCUACAUGGCAUCACUUGCCGUCUACAGCAUCUGGAUCAUGGCUGCCGCCUUGGCCCCCAAUUUCGGUGCACAGAUUGUCUUUCGCUUCCUGGCUGGCUGUUCUGCCUCAACACCAUUGACUUGUGCCGGCGGCUCCGUGUCCGAUAUGUAUAAUGGCCUCGAGAAGACGUGGGGCUUCCCCCUUUUCGCCAUUGCUGCAUUCGGUGGACCCGUCCUUGGACCUGCCAUUGGAGCAUACAUCGGUCCCUCUCCACUGAUCAGUUGGCGUUGGUCAGAAUGGAUCAUGCUCAUCACCUCUGGGCUCGUGCUCACCAUGCUGUUCUUCUGCAUGCCCGAGACCUUUGGUCCAGUGCUCUUGCAAUGGAAGGCUCAGCAAAUGCGGAACAUCACAGGAGACCACCGCUUCCGGGCCGAACAUGAAAUCGUCGAAGCAACCCUCUAUACGCGUUUGAAGGUUGCCAUGACCCGGCCCUUCCUGAUGAUUACGGAACCCAUCAUCAUGCUAAUGACGCUCUACCUGAGUGUCAUCUACAUCGUCCUUUUCACCUUCCUGGAUGGCUACGCCUACAUUUUCCAAGAAACGUACGGCAUCUCGCAGGGCCUUACCAACAUCAUCUUCGUCGCAAUGUUCAUCGGCAUCGUCAUGGUUGUCUUCCUCGUGCCCAUUGUCUAUCGCAUCACCGUCCGAGACCUCGAGCGCGCCAAAGCCAAGGGCGCGGCCUUCUUCAAUCCGGAAACCCGCCUGUGGUACGCCAUGCUCGGCGCCGCUCCCGCCAUCCCCAUCGCGCUCUUCUGGCAGGGCUGGACCGCGACGCCCUCGAUCAGCAUCUGGUCUCCGAUCAUCGCUACCGCCCUAUUCGGCUACGGCGUCAUCGGCAUAUUCCUCUCCGCGUACAUGUAUAUCAUCGAUUCCUACGAGAUGUACGCCGCCUCCGCCCUCACCUUUGUGACGCUGGUGCGGUACUUCGCAGCUGGAGGCAUGACCGUCGUCGGCAUUCCGUUCUACGAGAACAUGGGCGUGCCGUACACGCUGACCAUUUUGGCUUGUAUCUCGGCGCUGAUGACGCCGAUUCCGUACACUCUGUACAAGUGGGGUCACCUCGUCCGGAAGCACAGCAAGUAUGCUGUUACUCGGGAAGUGUGA